GGAAGUGGUGAGGAUGCUCGACAGUCAUUUCAGCACUUCAGUUCUCAUCUCACCUCAGUCUGUUACAGAGUUUAUGCCGCACAAGGUUGAGGAGUGAACUGUGUUAAAAGCCUGCCGCCAUCGUCGCCCUCACACAACCAUGUCUGAUAAGGUAAGGAGACAGAGACCUUCCUUGUUUUCCUUGAGCACUUAAUAACUUUAUAGAAUAGGGAUAGCACUACCUGUCUAACUUUCACAUCUAGGUUUGUAUCAACAGCACUCAGCUGGACCUCUAGUUUUUUGAUAAUUUUUUUCAUUUCCCAUAAUAAAAGCUCAGCAAUGACGAAUUCGGUGUGAAACAGCCUGUCUCGGUUGUCGGUGACAGUCAGGAGGAAGAAGAUCUGUUGAUGGUAUCACAAGAGGAAACCAACAGCACUUCCUCAGUCAGACUGAGAGUAAAAUUUAAGAGUUUGGAGUCAUUUUAUCAUUUACAUAAAUUCAAAACAGUUUCAGCAUGUAAGUUGUCAAAGGGAGUGCAGCUUUAAAUAUUAAUAUGUCUUUACCUGGUUCAGAUAGGUUACAUAAUAAUACAAGGCCUCUACAGGGACUCAUUGAUAUCACUGACCUGCGUUUAAUGUUCAGGUGUUGAUCCAACUGUAAGAUCGCUUUCUUGAGGUUUUUAUGUAGUGUGGUAAAAUUAUGUUGCUUUGAACCAAAAAGUAUUUUUAAUUUUCAGUCUGUUGUAAAUGAGUCAUAAUUAAGAAAGUUGUUCAAUUGGCCAAAAUUUCUGUUAUUGAACUAUUGUUCCAUGCGUCUAGCAGCUGUGUUUGAAUCAUUUUAUCUGUCUGAUAGAUUUUAGUUUUGGGUUGGGUUUUUUAUUUAUUUUUUGGUUAGGGACCAGUCAAAACUCAAGUGGCUAAGCAGAAGUUAGCUACAAAGCCAGUUUACAUCUGUGGUCCGUGGGCAGGGAGGAUAUUUCAGGGAGACCUGUGGAGGUAGAGUUACAGUGAUCAAGUGGACUGAAGAUAAAUGUAUGGACCAAUUUUAUCAAGUGGGAUGGAGCCCAAGUCAUCUAACCACAAGUGACUCAGGGCUGACAUCAUAAAUAUCAUAAAAAAGGUUUCUUAAAUCAGGUCUUAGCUGAUGACUACUGCCAGCUUUCUGACUAGUUUUCCACUGUAAUAACUGAAGUUGCCCACUUGUUUUUAAUCUUUCUUUCUUGGCUCCAAAACACUCACAUCAGCCAAGUCUUCAUUUAACAGGAGAACAUUUUGUUGCAUUUUUUUCAUUGAUUUGGAAAAUUAAAAAAAAAUCUUACUCAGAUCUUGUAUGGGAUUAUAACUGUUUAUCCACUGGAGCCAUUUCAAUGUAGAUUUGUGUGUCAUCUGGUUAGUUAUGUUGAAUUAUUUUGUUGUUUUCAACUAUCUGAGCAGUCGGAAGCAUUUAGAUGUAAAACGUAGGAGGCCCCAGGAUGAAGCCUGGGGGAACUCCUUACAUAAUUUUUGUCUGGUCAGAUGUGAAGAUGCCUUUAGACAGGAGGUAGUCUCUGUUCUCUUGAAAAGAUUCAAACCAGUUAAGUACUGUGCCACAUAGUCCAAAACCAGUCAGUCGAGUUGUAGAUUGUGGUCAAUGGCAUAAAAAGCAGAACUGAGAAGACACUCAGUCAUUUGUGGUACUGAGUCAUUUCUUUUGGGCAUUAAAUUGUUAUUAUGAAAUAUAGACCAAUAACCCUUUCAUAAAAAAAAUAAUUUGGAAGAAAAUAACAUAACAGCGGGACACAAAGUCAUUUUUUUAUGGUAUGCUAAAUCAUUAUAAAAAUAGUUAAAGAUAAUGUACUGUGAGCAGGUGAUUACAGAAUAUAGAGUUCCCACAGGAUAAGACUCUGAAGGCCUCCUGCAAAAAUUAAAGGGAGGAGGAGCUAAAAUUCUGAGGUGGUUUGUGUAAAGUUAAAGGUCAGCAACAUAGGAAGGGACCAGACUUUCUAAGGCCUUAAAAGAUAUUAAUAAUAUCUGAAACUUGCUACUGUAUGUGUGCUAAACAGGAGUGAUAUAAUCUGUGUUUGGUGCCAGUUAAUUUUCUUGCUGCUGCAAUUGCUCGAGUGAAUAAGUGUGAUACAUUCUGAGGAUUUUGACUCAAACAGGUAUAGAGAUAGUAGCGAUGUUUUGAAGUUAAAGCAUCAACAAUAUUUUCUGGAUUCACAGAACACAAGACAAUAUUCUAUUUUUGUGAUAUUCCCUUAUUUGCAAAAUAGAAGUUGAUUUGACAACUGUCCUCAUCUGCUCAUUAAAGGUUCAGUUUUUUAAAAAAUCCACCCAAAUUUCUUGCUGCCAGUGUCACAUAUGGAGAUAGAUCACCACGGUCCUGUGAAACCUGGUUCCUUGUUUUUUGUUGGCCAAAAACUAAAAUGGAACUCAUCCAUGUAAUCGGUCUAACUAUGCAGUGUUAACCAACGCACUUGCAAAUGCUUAAUCCGGCAUGUUUUCGCUUUCACUGAGCUGUUAUAUCACUUUGUUUGUUUAUCUGUAGAGUACUGCAGAGGAAACCAGAAAUAACCAGUUACAGAUGUCACAGGAAUAACCACAAUCAUUAUUCCAACCAUUAAUCACAGUUUUUGUUGCUGAAAACCCCAAUUAAUCUCAAACAGAUUUGUCUAUCUUGUCUUCAGCUGUAACUGAUGUCUCAAAACCGUGAGGUAGAUCCUUGAGAAACAAACUCUCUUGCCAUGACACUUAUGAAAAUUGUUUCAUUUUCUCCUGUCAGACCACAAAACCACUUCCUGAAGCAGUUCUUAAAAUAAACAGGGGGCUUGUCUGUGAGGAUAUGUGCAGGAUUUGCAAGUUCACCCCCUUUCCUGCCUUACUGGCUGAUUGACAGAUUGUUUUUAUCAAUAUUUCUAAAUGAAUGAAUCUAUCUGAAAAUAUGAAAAGCUAUUUGCAGAGUUUUUUAAAGCCCAUUGUGCAUUCAUUGGGAUUAUUUAGAGUGGUGUUGCAUUGUAAGGUACAGGUUUCAGAGCACUCAAGUCUAUAUUUUGUAAAUCUAUGUAUUAAUUUACAUUCAUUUAAACAGAUAAAUACAGGAUCAUGGAGUCUGGGGCUUAAGAUGUCAAAUUAGUUUAUUAUUUAAGAGUGACUAACAUUAGCAGAGCUAGCACCACCAGCCACGUGUUCUUCUUUUAUGCUGAUACAUGAAUACUGGUGCUUGUCGUCAAUAUCGUGUUACAGUGUUGGCAUAACACAUGACUGGCAUGUUGGGCCUCUGUCACAUCCACCCAUCUCCAACCACAUUCAAAUACUGAUGACAGAGGCCACUAUGCAGAUACAUUACACAUAGGCCUGUUGUCUCAUAAUUACAGUUCCAAUAGGGACUGUCCUGGGCAUGCUGGGACUUCUGCUAUAAAUAAACACCGUCAGUUAUUUAUGUGAUACAGUAGAAUUCAAUCAAUAGUGGUCUUUGUAUUUUAGAGUAAUGUUCCUGCCUCUGUAAAGAUUUGAGGAUUACAUAUGCAGACCCUGAGGCACUGAGUCCACUGGUGUUCUGUUAUAAAACAGGGGAAUUUGGCAUGUAACAGUUUCUCAAUCCUUCUUAAUUAGGAUCAAGGGUUGUUGUGAAGGAUUCUGGAGCUAAAGACUCUCUCAAACGUUAGUGGUCCCUCAGAACUCAGCAGAGCCUCAGAGAGAAAGGUCUGCAUACUUCAUAGCUCUGUAAGUCUUAUGGAGGUUUUAAGUUGUAAAAAUUGUAAAAAAGAGAAACUUUGGAGGAGGUCUCUGAAGCACAAGAGUGCUAAUACAGCUUGUGUGAACCGCCUAGGCUGUGCAGUUUUUACAUCAGCUGACAUGUUUUGCAUCGGCUCUCAUGCAAAUGCUGAACGUUGUGUAACUUUCUCUCUUCUUCCUCAUCUACAGGAGCGGUGUACCUGGAAAAUGCUGUUUCAGUAGAGCCCAUUGAAGGUAAAUCACAGCAUCUGGUUAUUUGUCACUGAGUGGAAACAAGGAACUAACUCAGCAUCACAGUUGGAGGAAGGACGUCUGAGCUUCCCUCCGAUCGAGUUCUCUCCGCGAUAAAGAUGUCGACUACUUCCAUCACUGACAGUAUGAGAAGAGGAACCUUGGCCUCUAAAAUGUCAAAGGAUCAUAAAAAGGUAAGCAAAUACUCUUAUCAAUCGUCAUUGACGGAAACACUUAAAAGAUGCUGAUCCUCUGUUUAGACCACAAUGAUGCAGACCAUUGAAGAAAACCAUAAAGCUUGGUAUCAAAACUAACUGUAUCCGAUUCGAGUUAGUCUAAUGUCAAAUCACAAAAAAGAAAAUGCAGAUUAACUCAUUUACCUAUCUAAAGUAAUGCUGCAUUUUAAGGAAACUUCAUAGAUGUAAAUAUCCCCAGGAUACUCAAAAGUCUAAUAUUCGUUCAGUUAAAGUUAUUUAGCAGGUUUAAAAUAAAAAACUGGUGAUUUCCUUUUUCAAAUCUGUUAUUUCUCUCCUGCCUCUAUUAGCCCACACCCGCCGCUCUGAAAGGGGCCAUCCAGCUGGGCAUUGGUUACGCGGUAGGAAACCUCAGCUCCAAACCAGACCGAGAUGUUCUCAUGCAGGACUUCUCUGUGGUGGAAAGUGUUUAUUUACCCAGGUAUGCGCUCAUUACUAAAAUAGUUUAGACAUAGCGUAUGUACAUUCAUAAUGUUUGAAUAGCACAUUUGAAUAUUUCCGAACUGUUACUUUUUGGCCCAUUUCUCACUCUAUUUGGACAUUUAAACAAUUUAGUUUACUCUGGUGAGGUCUUAUUUGUACAUCUGCCCAAUUCAAAAGUGAAGAAUUUAUCUCCUUGUAAGUUUGAGAACAUGCCAGCAGAAGCGUGAGGAAAAAGCAAUGUCUCCAAGCUCAAUUUUAACACUUUAGGCUAUUGUUUAGCCUUUGAUGGGGAGGGCUGCAGAAGACGGACAGGAAAUGUAAAUCACAUAUUUCACUGUAAACCAUGAAUAAAAAUGGGACCAGCACAGACCGUUGUGGCACACCAUUUUGUAGAUUUAAAAAACUAGAACAUAAAAAAAUAAAUUUAAACACAGGAAAGCUGGCUGAUAAAAGAUGGGAAAUAUCAGGGUAGUGCGUGAGGAAUUGCAUGCAGCCAAAGAUUGUGAACCAGUGACUGUUGUUGUCUCUGUUGACAUGGCAUGCUUUACCUGCUGAGCUACAGCAGUAGAAGCAAACAAUAUUUUGUUAUGUUUUCUCAAAAAGGGAAGUUACUAUUGGAAGAUUACACGUUGACUGCUUUUGGUUUAGUAGAAAACCACAUUUAAGCAAUAGUUCUUUUCUGAGCAGACAUUUUUAUUUGCAAUAGAAGGAAAAGUACAGGUCUUACCAAAACAUUAGUGAUGGCUAUAGAUCAGCAUGCAGAUAACCUAAAUUUAAGAUGAAAAAUUGACCCAGUAAUGGAUUCCCCUUUUACUUUCCCCAUUCUGACCUGAACCUAUUGUCUAGCUCACAAAUAGCUCACAUAAGGGCUUCCUGUUUUGAGUGAUUUUGAUGCAGCGAAACAUUCUGUUUGUUUUCCAGUGAGGGCAGCAACCUGACUCCAGCCCAUCACUUCCCAGAUUUCCGUCUGAAAACCUACGCUCCGCUGGCCUUCCGUUACUUCAGAGAGCUGUUUGGCAUCAAACCGGACGACUAUCUGGUAAGACUCAAGAUUUACAUCCCUCUGAUACAACACCAUUUGACGUAAGUUUCAGCGGAUUUGAUUGACACACUUGUUCUUGCUAAGACCGUUGCGUCACUCUGUCUUUCAGUACUCCAUCUGUAAUGAGCCUCUGAUCGAGCUGUCCAACCCUGGAGCCAGCAGUUCCUGGUUCUACCUCACCAGUGAUGAUGAGUUCAUUAUUAAGACGGUGCAGCACAAAGAGGCCGAGUUCCUUCAGAAGCUGCUUCCAGGUUACUACAUGGUGAGCCCCUGUCCUUAUCAAGAUCUCUACAUUUCCAUAACAUGACUUAAAGAGAUUUCUCUUCAAAAAGCACCCAAAUACAUUUCAUGACGCACACAAAAAAAUCAUAAAAUACCAAAGUAUUUCACAAGAAGCAAAAGUUUAUUAAAAACACAGGAAUAUUUCACAAAGUUAUCAAGAAAAUACAAAAAAAACACAAAAACAUUUCACAAAAGUCAAAUCAUGCUAUAAGAUUUUUUUGAACUGGAAAGAUGUCAUAAAAUAUAGAAGCAUUUCACAAAAUAUGAAGGUAUUUUAUAAACAAGAAUAUUUGCAAAACAGACAAAAUAUUAAGUUGGUCACAAAAGCAUGUUAUGGAUGCUGAAAACAUUUCUUCAAAACACAAAAACACUCAUUGAAACAAAAAAAAAGUUGCCAAAACAAACAAAAAAUUACAAAAUGUACAAAAUAUUCUGUAUUCAACUCAACUCAACUCAACUUUAUUUGUUAAGCACUUUCAAACAACCACAGCUGAACAAAGUGCUGUACAUAACUAGACAAAACAACAAAAUAAAAAACAAUCAAAAAACAAUUAAAACAAUGGAUAAAAUAAAAGCAGAAUUAAAAGUAAAAUACAGUUUCAAUGGUUUUAAAAACUAAUUUAAAAACAUAGAAACAAAUAACUAAAAAAAAAAAAAACCAUAAAACACUAAAACAGGAGCCGAGUUGCAUGUAUUGUGUGAAAGGCUUUUGUUUUGUUACUAGUUUUAUGUUUUUUUGCAUUUUUAGUUUACUUUUGUGUUACCUGAAUACUAUAGAGGUUUUUAAAUUUUUAAAUAUGUUAAGUUUAGCGAUACAUUUUUGCUUCAAUCAUUUUUUUUUUAUGUUAAGGAAAUGUUUGUGCCUUUGACCUUCAGGGCCACCAUAUAAAAGAAUGUUUAUUAAACCUUUGAGAAGUUAUUUUGUUUGUAAUGUCAAAUCUGUCGUUGUUUAUAACUUUAUCGGCCUGACCUAUUUUCUCAUAACAUUUCUUGUCCUUAUUUUUCUGUUGCAGAAUCUAAAUCAGAACCCAAGGACAUUGCUGCCAAAGUUUUACGGUCUUUACUGCAUCCAGUGCGGCGGCACCACUGUCCGUGUAGUGGUGAUGAACAACAUACUUCCACGCGCCCUGAAGAUGCACUACAAGUACGACCUGAAGGGUUCUUCGUACAAACGGCGUGCCUCACGGAAAGAGCGGUCCAAGGCCUGUCCUACGUUCAAAGACCUGGACUUCCAAGAGAUGCAUGAGGGACUGCACUUUGAUCAUGAAACCUACACCGCUCUGAUGAAGACCCUCCAGAGAGACUGUCGGGUAUGUUUUUCAAAGCCCUUUUAUUUGUCCGCUGUGGGCCAGGAUUUUGUUGUUCUAAAAUCUCCUGAUUACUUUAUGGACCUUUCAUGAAUUCUUUUUUCUUUUGCAAGAAAAUAUUUCAAGAUAAAUUUAACUCUAAUCCAAAGCCAGGUCAGGUCAAGUCACUGCAAGACUGCAAAACAUUUGGUUGACAUACUUAAAUACUGUGCGGUGAGAAGAAUACAAAACUUGAUAUAAAAUCCAAAAAUCCACAGCUAGAAAGACUCUUCAGGAAAACCAGUCUAACCAUCCACAAAGACAUCUCAACAACUCAGUUGUCACUCUAUAAGGACUCAAUUUCUCAUGCCAAAUCUCAAUACUACUCUGGACUCAUCUGCUCUAAUGCUGGUAACCCCAAGUCUCUCUUCUCUAUCUACAACCGUAUCAUUCAACCCCCGGACUGCUUUCCUCCCCACAUGUAUUCCUCAGACACCUGCGACUCUCUCCUCAGUUUUUUUAAUAACAAAAUCAGUAAGAUCCAUCAGAACCUGGGCUCCACAUCCUCACCAACCUUUUUCCACCUUUAUACUCCCUAACCCCUCAGAAAUCGCUGACCUAAUAUCCAAAUCCAAACCUUCAUCCUGCCAGCUGGACCCCCUCCUCACUACUCUGGUCAAAUCCUGUCUGCCCUCUCUGCUCCCACUCAUUUCAGCCAUCAUCCACUCCUCUCUGUCAACUGGAACUGUUCCCACCCACUUCAAAUCUGCAGCCAUCAGUCCCACCCUGAAAAAACCUGGUUCAGACCCCAACGACUUCAAUAACCUCCGCCCCAUUUCCCACCUCCCCUUCAUUUCCAAAAUUCUAGAAAAAACGGUUGCCUCUCAACUCCACACCCAUCUCACUCACAACAGUCUCUACGAACAGUUCCAGUCCAGUUUCCUUCCCCUCCAUCGCACUGAAACAGCCCUCGUCAAAAUCACUGACGACCUCCUCAUGGCAGCUGACUCCGGUUUAAUCUCCAUCCUCCGUAAAUUUGGCAUACAUUUUCAUUGCUUCGCGGAUGACACCCAGCUCUACCUCUCCAGCAAACCCGACGCCUCUCUUCUACCCUCCUCCCUCACCCACUGCCUCUCAGAAAUUAAAUCGUGGUUCACGUCAAACUUCCUCAAACUCAACUCCGAUAAAACAGAACUCCUCCUGGUCGGUACCAUCACCGGUAACAUCACCUGGUUUGCAUAUUUCCACCUACGAAACAUCAACCGCCUCCGUCCGUCACUCACUCCUCACACCACAGCUAUCCUGGUCCACAGCCUUGUUACCUCCCGCAUAGACUUCUGCAACUCACUCCUCCUCGGUGCCCCUCACAAAUCCCUCCAUAAACUUCAACUUGUCCAAAACUCUGCAGCCCGCAUCAUCACCAGAACCCAGUUUUUAUUUAUUUUAACUAUGUUUCUAACUGUGUUUUAUGCCCUGUACAGUGUCCUUGAGUGUUCAGAAAGGCACUUUUAAAUAAAAUGUAUUAUUAUUAUUAUUAUAAAGUUUGGGAAUAGAGUGUGCAAAAUGUCUUGCUGCAAAUGAUUGAAGCAAACCAGCAACUGCUGUGACAGGGACUAUCCCCUCUUUAUCUGGGACACUCACUUUAACCACCAAUAAACCAGCACACCUAAAAGGUCAUUUUACAUACAGUAUGUGAAAUUUGUCUCAGAAAAGUGUUGUGAGUCAUCAUCUCAAGACGCUUUUCAAGGAAACAAGAGCAGGUCUAGACCACGCUCAUUGUUUGAUGAUCAAGAACCAACCUAAGAUGGGUUUUGGCCCAUCUCAACUAACAUGAGUUACAGUGGCAAGGAAAAACUUCCUUUUAACAGGCAGAAACCUUGGGCAGGACCCGACUCAUGUUAGACAGCCACCAUGCCGCUGCUGGGUUGGGGAGGAGUUGUCAUACAUGGUAGUGUAAGAUGGCUUGGUUGACUGAAAAGGUCGUAAACAUCCAGCCUUUCAUUUACGAAUUAUCAGGAGAAGACUUAGUUGAUGGAAAGUCAAGUGGUCUUUUUUGUGGGUAUCAACACAUUUUUGCUCCUUAGAGAGUCCAAGGUGACAACUUUCAAUGCCUAUUUUGUAUUUCCCAUUAUACAAAUUACUAUUAGGUUAAGUUAUGAUGUUGAGUAUUUCAACAACACAGUCUGAGCUAAGCCAGCGAUCCCACCACCCCUCUGCCCUUUCAUAACAUUAUGCAAUCAUGAGAACAUAUUUCUACAGCAUACACCCUUCGCCUGGCCUCUAGCUGUUGAUGUAUGAUGACCUCAUUAGCACCAGUCUAUCUCAUUAGACUGAAACAACAGUGGCCCCUUGAUGGAGUAUUAAAACCGAAGCACCUGACUCAUAUUAUCGGGCUGAGAAGUUGGACUCUUGAGCACAAACUGGCCUAUCUGGGUGCGAUAUGCUCCCGUUACGCCUCAGUGUAAUAAUUUUGUUCUCAUGUUAGGUAAUGUGGCACCGUGCAAAGGCCUCUUUGUUUAUAAAGGUUUGUUUGUGUCAGAAGGAUUUGAAUUUAUAAUGUACUGUACUUCAGUUUUCAAAUCCGGUUUUUCAGCCUCUUUAUGCAACAAAACUACAGCUUGUAAAAGAAAAGGGCUAAAAAUAGAACACCUAUUUUCAUGCAGGUCUUUUUGUAGAUUAAAUCAGAUUAAUAUUAAUAGAUUGAGACUAGAAACUUGCUGUUUUUUAUGUUGAAAUUGUCUGAAUUUUUCAAUGGAAACAAACAUAAACAGCUUAUAGUAAGCACUUAUUAGCUGGUUUCAAUGUCUGAGCCCACCAUACCUAACUUGACUGCUUAAACAAGCUUGGAGUAAAGUGAUUUGAUUCCAACUUUAAAGUUCACCUCUUGAAUAUUUGACAGCUUGAAGUGUAUACCAGUCAUUCAAAAAUACAUCCAUGACGCUAUGAGCUAUGUGCUAAUGCUCAGUUUGUAGAGCUAAUAGACUUACAACUUGGUUUAGGUUAAUUCAAUUCACCAUCUUUCAAUCAAUAUCAUAACCCAGAAUCUGUGUCUUUUUAACGGUUCAUUACAAAUCCUCCCUAAAACAUAUUAAUGUCUAAGAUGACCAUGUAUAUUAGGUUUUAAUGUGUGUGGAAUAAUGAAUCUGUACACAACUUUAACCCUAAUAUUUACCUUUUACAAGUAAAAUCCUCACACACCUUUGAAUCUAGAAUUGUUAAUUUUUACAAACACUUAGAGUAUAUUUUCACUCUCUUUCCAACCUGUAUCCUGAGCUAAUUUGGACAUAUAUUUGGUUUUUGUGUUAAUGUUUAGGGUGUAAGCUUCUGGUUUUACCGCCGUAAACCAGCCGAACCCAGAAUGGAGGGGAGCCAGCAUCCCUGUCAGCUGAAGCCUUCUCUUCCUCCUCCUUCUUCUUCUCCUUCUUCUCCUUCUUCUCCUCCUUCUCCUCCUUCUCCUCCUUCUCCUUCUUCUCCUACUUCUCCUCCUUCUCCUCCUCCUCCUUCUUCUCCUUCUUCUCCUCCUUCUCCUUCUUCUCCUUCUUCUCCUACUUCUCCUCCUUCUCCUUCUUCUCCUUCUUCUCCUACUUCUCCUCCUUCUCCUCCUUCUCCUUCUUCUCCUCCUUCUCCUCCUCCUCCUUCUUCUCCUUCUUCUCUCCUCCUCCUCCUUCUUCUCCUUCUUCUCCUACUUCUCCUUCUUCUCCUCCUCCUCCUCCUUCUUCUCCUUCUUCUCCUCCUUCUCCUCCUUCUCCUUCUUCUCCUUCUUCUCCUACUUCUCCUUCUUCUCCUCCUUCUCCUCCUCCUCCUUCUUCUCCUUCUUCUCCUCCUUCUCCUCCUUCUCCUUCUUCUCCUACUUCUCCUCCUUCUCCUCCUCCUCCUUCUUCUCCUUCUUCUCCUCCUUCUUCUCCUCCUUCUCCUUCUUCUCCUACUUCUCCUUCUUCUCCUCCUUCUCCUCCUCCUCCUUCUUCUCCUCCUUCUCCUUCUUCUCCUACUUCUCCUUCUCCUCCUACUUCUCCUUCUCCUCCUUCUCCUUCUUCUCCUCCUUCUCCUUCUUCUCCUUCUUCUCCUACUUCUCCUCCUUCUCCUCCUUCUCCUCCUCCUCCUUCUUCUCCUUCUUCUCCUCCUUCUCCUUCUUCUCCUUCUUCUCCUCCUUCUCCUUCUUCUCCUUCUUCUCCUCCUUCUCCUUCUUCUCCUUCUGCUCCUCCUUCCCCUCCUUCUCCUACUUCUCCUCCUUCUCCUCCUUCUCCUCCUCCUCCUUCUUCUCCUUCUUCUCCUACUUCUCCUUCUUCUCCUACUUCUCCUCCUUCUCCUUCUUCUCCUUCUUCUCCUUCUCUUCCUUCUCCUCCGUCUUCAGCUUACUCUGGUUCUUUAUGUGAAAAAAAAUGACAAACAAUAAGUACAGAAAUAUCAACUCUAAAUAUCCAAAAACAUCAAGUCUGGACCACCGCAGCAUAUUUCCUUCAUGAACCACCAAACAAUUCACAAAUAAAUGUGUCCUUACCUUUGACAACGGAUUGCUGAGGAAUUUCCAGAGCCGCUUGCUCUUCUUUGGUUUUGGCUCAGCUGUGAUACUCUGAGAAACGUCUUCUUCACUGGAGGUGCCGCUCUGUUUUUGCUCUGCUGCACUGCUGUCAGACUGGACCUCAUUCAUAUUUUUGAGAGGGGCUGGCUGGAUUUUCUUUCUUCUCAUCCAUUGUAGGAAUGUCCUCCUCUCGUUCUUCUCACCCUUGCUCUCUGCUGGGGUGUCCUUCUCAUUUUUGUCAGAAAUGAUCCUCCUCAGAAGACCUCUGAAGUUGAAUUUAAAAGACUUCUUAGAGGCAGCAGGAGCAGGGACAUCGGAGGCUUCUGUUUCUUCAUCUGCCUCUGUUUCUUCUGGGGGUGAUGAAUCCCCAUCCUCAUCAUUUGCGGGUCCGGGGAGACAGCUCUUCACCUUUAUCUUGAGGACCUUCACAGAUUUAUCUGUUUGGUUUUUUCUCUCACACAAGUAAUACCCAUCACAACUGGUACGUGUGGAGUCCAAACUGAGGGAGCCCCAAGUCAAACUGUCUGACUUCAUCUCGUCUGACCAGUCUGACCAGAAGUCUUCGUCCUGAAGAAGAUCGUCACAGUACAUCGGGUCAGUACCUCCAGAAGACCACACGGAGGUGCCCACAUCUUCAGAGGUGGCAUCUGUGUACUCCAACAGCUCAUUACUCUUCAGAAACUCAACAGGAUCCUCAAAAAUCAUGGAAACAGUGCGGUGUAUAAACUCUGCCAGGUGCACCGGGAUCUUGGGAGGGAUGGGGAUAUCUUCCAUUCUCUCAGGUUGAAUUUCCAUUUCGCUCAAAUAAGACAAGUUUGUCUUUCCAAAUGAAACAAUUCUCUUGAUCUCAGGAACUCACAAUUUCUGGAUCUCUCUAUCUGUUGCUCUCUGGAUCUCUCAGUCGAUCAAUUUCACGGUUUCUGAAUCUUCAGAUCCGUCGAUCUCACGAUCUCUCUCGCUCCUUCUCCACCUCUCUCCUUCUCUCUCUCUUGCUCCUUCUCCACCUCGCUCCUUCUCUCUCUCUCUAUUGAUGUCCUUCUUCUCUCUGGUUCAAAUCUCUCUCUCUCUCAAUGGGUUGCUAGUAGUUCUCUCUCCGGCUCACAAGUUAACAAGUUAACAGGUGUGUGUUUCGAGGUGAAACAAUCUCUGCUGUGGUGGUUCCUGCCUUUUAUAAUCUCAGUCACACCUGGCAACACAUGAUUUUUAAAUGAUAACACAUCUUUGUUAUUCCCGGUAACUAUAUCAAACCAAAACAGUCACUGGUUGCUAUUCAAAAAUUGCAUUGUAAAAGGUACUAUUGACGGCAAUGUCAGCAAUCAAUAGCUUUUUUUGUUUUUGUUUAAGCCCAAUAUUUACCAUGUAUUAUUUUUAUAAGGGGGUUUACAGCACAUUGAGGGGCUUUGCCAGCUGUGACAUUUAAUCUAAUGCUAAAAUAAAAACACAGAAAUGAGGAAAUUUAACACUGACGUUUUAAAUGAUAAUAAUUUAUAAAUGGUAAAUAGAUAGUUUGUUAUUGUUUAAUCAUCACAUGGACCUAUCAGGGGCUGCCUUUCCCUGUUGUCCGGGUAACAGUGUAAACAAGUCCAGACUGUUGUAGGAAGGAACUGCGAGUGAUUCACGCAACAGGGUGGCCCAGCAAGGCUAGAUUAAAUGUGUGUCAGGAGCACUUUGUAAAUGGUUAAUAUUUGGUUUUUAAACCAUAAGCCAUAAUCAUUACUCAGAUGGUUAUUGUAAAGUUGAAAGUGAUGUUUGUAAUACUUUGUAAAUGAUAAAUAAGUGGUUUAUAAACCACCUAUAAACAUUACUUAAAUGGUUGUUGUAAAGUUAGGGUUAGAGUUCAGGUUAGGUUUUUAAAAUUGUAAUAUUUACAAUUUAUUAAUGGUCUAUAUGCAAUAUAAAAAUGAUGAUUAAACAUUAAUAAACUGUCUGCUUAUUAUUUAUAAAUGUGAUAAAUGUCAGUUGGCUGUAAGUCAAUAUAUACUCCUCACAGAUGAAUCCAGGCUGAAAGAAAUAUAUAAAGCCAUUUGAAUAGUAAAGAUCUGCUUUAUACAGCCCUGCCAUCAUCUCCCAGAUACUGCUGUUCAGAUCUCUAUUGUGAGGCUCGCGUUUUGCAAAGAAAGACGACACAUUGAACUACAGUAGCUAGCCUCUGAAAAGGACAAAGAUGAUGACUUUCCAACAAUCGCUUGCUUUCACUUUUCUUUUGUUUCACCCUGUCCUCAAAGUAUGGUCACUUCUGCUUCUAAAUAAAAUAAGUGAAACUUAUCUAGACAGCCAUACUCACAUGCUCAUAAUCAGGAAGCAUACUUGUUUACAUAAAUUUACACUGGGACAUACAAUAUCAGAAUGUCUCUUUAAAACAACUAGUUUUCACACCUCAAUGUUUUACAGGCUGAUGGGUAAAUCUGCUGGGCAUCUCAUCCAUACUUAACUUAUCAUUUGAUCGUUAAGUUUUUGUCACUUCUCAGGUCCUGGAGAGCUUUAAGAUCAUGGACUACAGCCUCCUGUUGGGGAUUCACGUUUUGAACAGAAAGCCGCUGAGCAGGGGAAGCAGAUGUGACAGCAGGAAAGGACAAAAGGUUCUUUACUCCACAGCGUUAGAGUCCAUCCAAGCCAACGUGAGGGACCCUGAUCCAGUGAACGACGAUGAAACGUGAGACUGUUUCUUUGCAUAUGUUCUUUUUAAGAUCAUGUUUCAGCCUGACUGUCCGCCAUAAAGCCACCAAACAGACUGGUCUCAGAAGGCGGGAAGUUAAAUUAUGGUGUGAUGCCUAAUUAGUAUAAAAACAUACUGAUUAUUAAAAUAGAUUUUUGUCUUUCUUCACAUCAAGUCACAGGGCUUCCUUAUACUUUCUCUUUUGGUGCUUCAAAGAAACUGAUUUCCCACUUUCUAAUUUCCCGAAACAUUUGCAUAUAUGUCUGCAGUGGGGUUGCUUUAAAACCAAUUGGUGUUUAAAUUUUCUUGAAGGCUGAAAAGAUUGAGAUUAUGAGCAUUUAUAUAUUAUUGGGUUAUAAGACCAUUAAGACUUGUACUUAAGCUAUGAUUCUUUUCAAUAUGUCAUCUUGUAACACAUGUUGCAGGCUGGGUACCAGUCUUUAAACCAUAGACUGUAUAUAAGAUGGACGCCGUCUGUCUCCUCGCCGGGUGAAGCCACUCCGAGAACAGCACCCCCUAGAGCAUGGCUGCAGUACAAGUCAUAAACCCCACUUCUGCCAGCAAAGUGAAUGUAGCGGCGGACGGCCUUUAGAAAUUAAUUACACAGAAAAUACACUUUUCUCAACCCCGACUGCGAUGUUGACAUGCAGUUAUUAUUAGACUGGUUUGUGUUCAGGUCUUUUUUUCUCUCUGCGGCUCCAUUUAAAAAAGUUAUUGGGAGUUAUAAAAACAGGAAAUUGCGUCAUUGCCGCUUGUGCGUCGCUCUUUUUCGUUCAUCGUUAAGACCAAUCGGGUUUGCUAGCGGAGAAGAGGAUUAAAUUUUUCCAUCGUUUUUCUCUUUUGUUGCAUUGGAAAAAUGAGUUGUUCUGCAGUAAACUGUGUUAACCGACAUGUGACAUGACCGCUGACACAUUUCACAUUAUGUUAGGAGAAGUGGAACUUACUUAUUCUUGGUCGCGACGAGCGGGGAAGCUAUUAGCGUUACGAAUAAAACGCUGGAAGGACAUCCGUGGGGGGGGGCUUUUUGAGCGGAGCAUCAUCGCUCCGAGUCUCCCACCCAGCCAAAAACGUCUGCGUACAACGCUACUGCGCAGCUCUGUUUUCAAAAACCCGGAAUUACCGAGAGGCUUCUUUUUGGCUUCAAAUCCGUAUACGGGCGGAAGGCGGAACCAGGCUGUCCAUCUUAUAUACAGUCUAUGCUUUAAACACUUAGAAUCACUUUUUAUAACAAAGUUUGGUUAAAAACUGAUGCAAUAUUAAGAUCUUAAAUAGUUUGUCAAGUUUAUUAGUUCAUUUUGGCAGGGAUGGUGUUCAGCCUUUUUAGUUCUAUUAGAGUUAGCUCUAAGCUAAUUUAGAUAUGCAAUUCAUAAGCAUUUAUUCACCCUGUCAUAAUGUGUGCUGGAGCUAGGACUGUUUCAUCAAGAACUCUAAUAUUUAUCUUUUUUUAAUUUUAGAUUUGGCGGAAUUCCUGCCAAACACAAAGAUGAACACCUUCUCAUCUUUUUAGGGAUCAUCGACAUCCUUCAGUCCUACAGGUGAGUUCACAGUUUCACUCACUCUCAAGCUUCUUGUCCAUCGUGUAAGCUCUCAAAAAUCACAUUUGAGUCCCCAUUUCAGUUUUUCCAGCCAAUUAUGAGUUCAAAACAAGUUGAAAAGUGGAAAAUGAAUCCAUAUUAAACCACAUUCUUAAUCAAAACAGCCAAAAAAAUAACAUAAAGGAAUAAUGAAGGACAUGUUUGGGUUUAAUUGAGGCUAAAUAAAAAAUUAAAACUGUACAAAACUAAUUUUUUUAAAAGAUGAAAAAAAAAUCAAAAUCUUUUAUUUGCAGUUUUGAUUUUCUUUUCUAGUUUGCUCUUUUCCUAUUUUGUUUUAAAAUUUAAAGACUCAAAACUUCACACUGAAAAAAGUAGACUUGUUCUGUAAGACUCCAAAGACAAACAGUGUACAGCCUGGAUGAUGAAACAGGUGAUCUUAAGUGUUUUUAAUGAUUCAUUUUUAGGUUUAUUAAGAAGAUGGAGCACUCCUGGAAAGCUCUUGUACAUGAUGGGGUAUGUCACUUCGCAUCCUGCUAUCUACUUAUGAGGUCUUCAUGUUUGUAUUUGUGUAAGAGUGUGUGCACGUUUGUGAGUAUCUAACAGUUUUCUCUGCUUCUCAGGACACAGUGUCAGUCCACAGGCCCAGUUUUUACGCCGACAGAUUUCUGAAUUUCAUGGGCUCCUCUGUAUUUAAAAAGAUCAAUCGUAAGUAGCUGCAACAAACAAACAGCACUGAGCUCUAUAUUUUGCAUAUGCAAUUUUUCAUACAUUCUCCUUUGCAUGUGUCAGCUAUCAGAGGAGCGUCUUCAAAGAGGAAGAGAACUUCCUUCUACGCUGUGAGGUCGGCCUCCCAGGAGUUACUGUCAGCACGCAGGGAGGAGAAGAAAGAGGAGAAGAAGGCACAAAGCAUGGACAACCUGGAUGGAAACUGUAAGCCUAAAUAUAUCCUGUAUAAGCAACACAAUAAUGACAUUUUCAUAACUUUGAUUAUUUCUUAUUUCUGAUUCUGGAUCUUCUUUUUGCUAUAGUUUACAACUCCUCCAAACAGCCUGAUCUUCUGCCGAGACCUGCUGUCUCCUUUGAGUCCUCCAGUAAAGAUGAGAAGGAUUUAGGCAACAGGUAGUGUAUGACUGCAGAUCUUUGCUCGAAGCUCUGUAACAUCACUUCCACUUCUCGUUAAAGAGUUGGACGAAGCAAGCUCACCUAGCAGGAGGAGUUAAUAUCACCAUGAUCCUUUCGUCUUGAUAUAUUAAUCACUAAACUUCACUGAUGUAACAAACUCUAUGGCUCUGUCUCAAUAUCUGCACUUUAACUCAUGUUACAGUGAAGACAGACGAGCCUCCAGUUCAACAAUCGCCCUGGAAGACCCUCUGCCCUCCCUUGACGUGAGCCAAUCAGACUCUGAGCAGGACGACUACUUGGUAUGAAACGGUUUAUUUCAUUAAAUACACAUUUUCAGUCACAGUUUGUUAAACGUUUGGACUGAUGGUUUGCUAUGGUUACCUUAUUACCCACAAUCUCUUUAAACAAAUGAAAAAUUACAUUGUUGCUUAUUACUCUUGUUUUUAGAUGUAGAGAUAUUACAUAUUUCUCUUUUAAAGGUGCAGUGCAUAGAAUUUAGAGGCGUCUGGAUGAACAGGCUUUGUUGAAACUGAUGAUAAUACUCACAUGUAUGUUUGAUGAGUGUAUAAUAGACUGAAUACAGCAAUUGUUUAACAUUCAUUAACCCAGAAGGAGCCUUUUACAUCUCCAUUAAGGCUGUCGUGAUGAUCAUUUUACAACAUUUAUGAACAACUUAAAAAGGAAACACUAUAGACAAGGGUUAUGGUUAACAUCUUGCAGUGCCAUGUCUCUACAACAGACAAAGUAGUUUCAUAAGUCAGUGACGGCACAAAAUGUACUGGUUGGAAGAUGAAGGAGAGAGUUAUUGUUGUGUGCAAAAUAAUUCAUAUUGUUAGGUGUUUACAAAGGGAAAUUUUUUGCAAAUAGAAGAUCAUAUGUCACAUGCAAGGCCACCAUCACUUCAUGUACAGAAGGGGUGAGCAAAUGACCAUUAUAUGACCUUUAGAUUAUGCUAAAUAUUCCCAUUACUACACACUGUACCUUUCAGUGGUAGUAAACACUAUUGUCAAUCCUGUAUAUCAAGAAGUUUAUGAAAGCAUUUUCCCAAUCACGGCCAAGAUUACAAGAGAAAUUUGGAGGAGAAAUAUAAAUUUGCUAAGUAAGACUAAUUUGCCCUGUUUUACGCUAAACAAAUGAGGUAUGAUUCACGUGUCUUCAUACAUUAAACCACCUCUCUGUCUCGUCAUCUGUUUAAUUUUUUUUCGCCGAUUUUUGUGAUAGUCUCUGAAUUAAGAGUAGGAUUAAUACUUUGCUGUACUUGUAUUUUGGGGUAUUAUUCACCAUGAAUUUAGGGGGUCACUGGGUGUUUCUGCAUUUUCAGCGUCACACAGUCUCACCCAGGAGACCCAGCUGGAGUUGAUCAGAGGUUUUUCUUCCCAGAAUCCAUAAACUGUAAGCAGCAAAUAACAUCCUUUGAUUUUCUAUGGGUUUCCUUGUUAAUCUUGUUUUAUAGAUUCAAAGAAGUGCUCAGGGGUUCCUAUGAUCACUUUUAUUUUAAAUAUAUUGACUGACUGAAGGAAUCCUCUGUGUAUUAAGCACGUCUUAUUUUGCAUUUCACGCUUACUUCUUCCUGCAUGCAGUUUGUUUCCACUCUGCAUGCCUUUUCUUAAAUCUUCCUCAAUCUCUCUCCUUUGGUGACGGGAGGCCCCACUUGCAUCUUGUGACGUCUGUAUUUUAUGACUCAGCAUCCCUGCUCCCCUGUGCUCCUCCUAAUUCAGUCUUUACGUCUGUGUCAGCCUGAGAAACCUCCAUGAAUCCCCUUUUCUACAGUACUUGUCUUAUAUAACCAGCAAAUCCUCAUUCAGGCUUAUGUGAAGCUUUUCUUCAGCCCCCCAUUAAGCAGUUUCGCUCCGCUCUGCAGACGUCUGAGUUAAUCUAAUCUUAAAGCCUCUGAGAGAAAACAGUGGAUUCAAAAACUAAAAAAUAGUGCAGGGGAAAGAGGAACAUAGGGCUGAAUUUGGAUGCCCAGAGAUGAUCUAUCUUUAUGCUUGUAGAUGUUUUCAACCCUUAACCCCAAAAGUAGAAUUAAGUUCAGUCUGGAUUAUUAGGAUUUAGGCUUUUUUGCUCCAUUAUUUUAUUCUUAGUUUAACUUCUUAUCACCAAUGAACUAAACGACAGAUAAACCCAAAGUGGUGUUUGCGCUUUAUUUCAUCUAUAUUGACCAGAGGCUUGUCCCUUUACAGCUUUGUCUUUACUUUGGACUUCAUACCUGUAACACAUGAAAUGCAUUACUCCUCUUCUGUUGCAUGCUACUUUAUCUUCACCUGCACUUUAGACAAACCUCAAAAUGAAAUGCAGUCUUUCCUCUUCCUGUGCUGUGAAUUACUGGGCUGCUAAUCCAUGCAAUUAGGGUGCUGCUACAAAUAACAAGAAACACUACAGCAAAUUCUACAAUAAAGAGUGACAUCUAUAGUGCUGUUUAACAUUUCGAAUACACUGGAAAUAAAUCAGUAUUCAAAAAAGCAAUUAUACAGAUAGUGAGACAGUUUGCAAAUGCACACAGAUGUAAAAGGCUCUCUUCAGUCAUGCAUCCAUGUUGCAAAUAUUUAGUCUUUAUGACUCCUGACACCUCAUACUGUCAUCUGUUUUGCUUUACAGUGAGGAGACACAAGCGAUUGUUCCUCUACUGCCUCCUGGACGUCUGUCCUGUGAACAGCAUGGAGACAUCAAGACUCCUCUUCAGAAAAGCUAAAACACAAAACUACAAGCAUUUCAGGUUUCUCCACCACUUAGUGCCUCAGUGACUCUCUUCUUUGAAACUAAGCGUGCCAAAUCACGGGUUCUUUUAUAGAAAUCUUGUUAUGAGCAGAGGUGGAUCCAGUCUGUGUUUAUGUAGCUCUGAUAGCGAAGUGCUGUGUUGAUAUUAAACACUAUGAUACUGUCUCUUUUUGAACACUUUGCUACUGAAAGUUUCAGUUUUAGUACUCUUUGACGUCUGAUUUUCUGUGAAAAUGUUAUAAAAGAAAAAAACCCUCAGAGGCUGGAUCUCUGAGGAAAGAUGUUGCUUUAUUAAUCAAUCAGCCACAGGAGGAAAAAAAUAUGUUGUUUUCCAAUCAUGUGAUUGUUUAGAGCAUUUUUGAUGUUACAGUGGUUUCAGGAAUCUGAAUGAAAAAUGUCGAUUCAGCUGUCGAGACAUUGACAUGUGCAUGUCUAAAUACUGAGUAUGUUUAGCAACAUCUAUGUAAAGCUGCUGUUAAGUUUCACUCUGCACUCUUCAAUCUGACUUUGUGCUGAAUAAUAAUUCAUCUGUUCUCUGCCCAGAAUCUGCUUGCACCAUAACAAAUACUAUUGCUCCAGUUACUUCUACAAAAUUUGUUUCAUUGAUAUGAUUCAACAUUUUUACAAGAGUUUUAAGUCUUAACCCUUUUAAUGCACCCCUCUGCCAUAAAUCUAACAGUCAAAUUGACAAGGUUGGCAAAACUUACUCUUGUUUUUAGUCCUUUCAGUAAAAAUGGAUCAACUCUUGAGUCAUGUCAGCAGUCUUUAUUUGUCCAUAGAUGUUAAUAAUCUUUAAAAAAUCACUGUUUUGAUGAGAUUUGUAAGUUUACAGCUGUAUUGAAGCAAUACUGUUGACUUCUGUGCAAUAAAUUUAUAAUGUUAUUGAAUGCU